GAGAGUCCCACUAACCAGGAAUCAUGUCGGUGAAGCUAACAUUUGUUUCUCCUGCGGAGGGAGGAAGAAUCAGCAGGAGCUGCUCAUUUGCUGGAUUCAGUGCAGCGCAUAGCCGAAAAUUAUCAAAGUCUCUUGGCAAAAGUUCAACAAGAUCCAAAAUGUCAGUAAAAUCGGCCAAGAUGUAUCCUUCCCUUCAGAAAGGGGCAGUCAUCUGGGACCCCAAGCCGGACCAAGUAAAGAAAGUCUUCGAAGCAUUAAAGAAAGGACUAAAUGAAUAUCUGGAAAUGCAUCAGGCAGAAUUGGAUUAUCUGUCAGGAUGCCACAAAGACACAAGAAGAAACUCCAGGCUGGCUUUCUACUAUGAUUUGGAUAAGCAAAUCCGCUCUGUCGAAAGGUACAUCAGAAAACUGGAAUUUCAUAUAAGCAAGGUAGAAGAACUGUACGAAGCUUACAGUAUCCAGUGCAGGCUGCGAGAUGGUGCUUCGAAUAUGAAACACGCCUUUUCCUUGUCCCCUUCCACCAAAGCAUCCAGGGAAAGCCUAGUAGAACUUUAUAAGAACCUGCAAGAAUGUACAGAGGAUAUGUGUCUGAUUGAGGGGACACUUGAAGUACACUUGGGAGAAUUUCAUUUGAAGAUGAAAGGGUUGGUGGGUUAUGCGCGUCUCUGCCCGGGAGACCAGUAUGAGGUGUUUGUACGGCUGGGACGUCAGAAGUGGAAAUUGAAAGGGAAGAUCGAGACAGACGACAGUCAGACGUGGGAUGAGGAAGAGAAGGUUUUUAUACCCAACCUCCAUGAGAAGUUUGAAAUCAAGGUCACUGAACUCCGAGGACUGAGUACCCUCUUGGUAGGCAUGGUGAAAUGUGACAGCAUAGACUUCUUCAUGACCAGGCCUCAGACCAUCAUUGUGGACGUCACUGAACUAGGGACCAUCAAGCUCCAACUGGAGGUCCUUUGGAACCCUUUUGACACAGAGAACCUAAUUUUGUCUCCUGGAUCUACCACCAAGUUUUCUGUGGGGAGCAGAAAGAACUCCAUAUACAGCUGGACUCCACCAAACACUCCCAGCUUCCGAGAGAAAUACUACCUUUCUGUUUUACAGCAAGGGAAAAAACAGGUAGACAUUGGGGACGAGACCCAAGAUCCUUGUAUCCUGAGCUACUUGGCCGACUGUGACUUUAACAUGCGCUUCAGGAACCCGAGCCACAGCUUCACUGAGACGACUGAAGGUAGUUCGUUCAGCUCUGAAGAUCAGAAAAGCUCAGAAAGCAGAAACGUGACUCCGCCUUCUAAUCAAAGGGCCUUGUCAUUGGCUCUCCUACGGGACGCUUGUGCAGAAAGAGAACAACGGGAUGUUUUGCCAUGCCAGCCUUUCCACCGCAGGACUCUAGACAUCCUACAGGAAACACCUCAUGCCGACUCUGCUCUAACUAUCCCCUCGUGUCGUCUGGAUCAGCAGAAAGGUGAGAGCCAGUCCUUCACCCUCAACUGGAGCCACCCAUCAGCACAACAAGGAGAAGUCCUCUCUGCUGGUCAGAGAAGUUUGAAAGACUGUACUGGUGCCAACCCAGAUGGAAGCAUCAGAUCAAUUGCGAAAACUGUGCAGGGAAUAUUACAUUUGCUGAAAUCAAGGCAUCCGGGUCUUACUCAACUGGACGAAUUAGAAUACCAGGUUUUCUGUAUCCGGGACAAAUUAAAGCCGAAAAAGUACCAUCUGAAACAUUCCUCGGUGGAGAGCUUGAUGGUCGAGACCGUUCUGGAAAGUUUUGAUUUCCUCAAUGCUGACUGCAGUGCAGAUGAGUUAUCGUCCUUGGGGAGUGUAAGGACCCGCAGCAUCAGCACCAGCACCUACAAUGAUGGCACAUUUCAUUCCCUGGGCUAUGUUACUAAAGCUGAAAAUGAAGAGUUAACCACAGGCAGUGAUGACCUGGACACACUUCUAGAUGUUCACCUGCAGUUCUGCAAAGCUCUUCUGCAGAAACUUGUUGCACCAAACUUAGCUCCGAUUGUCCAGAACAGCCUUAUGGAAGAGGUGUCACGACAGAAACAGGUGCUGGAGAUCAUCUCUGCUUUAGUUGCUCCAGUGCCACGGAACUUGACUUCUGUUGAAGAAAUUAUCCAGAAAGCUAAAAAGCAGAAGCGUUGCCUGAAGAUCUGGAGUGAGUGUACCGAACGGGGAAGCAUCUUGCUCUGUCCAGUGGAGAGGUUUUGGAACCCGCUUAAAUACAUAUUGAUGUUUAAAACAAAGGAGAAAUAUCCAGGACACCUGGAGAAAGUGUUGCAGAUGUUCCUGGAGCAGAUAGUUAGAGGGAGCCUGUUGUUUCCUUCAGCAACUCUCCCAGAUGAAUCGGUGACGUUAUUCCAGUUCUACAGCUACCUGGAGAAACAUCGUGUGAACAACCUGGAAAAAUAUUUGGCCAGAUUUGCUAAAGAAGUGCUGUUGAUUGAGGACUUGAAGCACCCUGGGAGGGUGAAGAAAAUAAAGAAACUGAAAGGGAAGCGACUGGGCCAGUUGGUGCCUCUGCCACAGACCUUGCAGCUACUAGCUCUUCUGCAGCUGGACGAGAACCAUCGUGUCGCCAAAGCAGCUAUAGCGUGCCUCUCGCGAGCAGCAGCCAAUAGGAAUUUCAGGGAAAAGGCACUCCUUUUUUACACGGACGUCUUAAGUAACGAUGACGCGAAAUUACAGCAAGCUGCAUGCCUGGCCCUCAAAAACCUCAGAGGCAUUGAAUGCAUAGAACAAAUUGCCAGCCUGUGUCUGUCCGAGACAGAGGAAGUACGGAACACCGCCAGGGAAACAACUCUCUCAUUUGGUGAGAAAGGACGGCUGGCUUUUGAGAAAAUGGACAAAAUCUGUUGUGAGCUGAGGGAGACAAUGUACCAAGAAGCUGAAAUUGAAAUCACAGUAUUUUAAACAGUCUUCUCCUCAA